CGUAAAUCCAACACUGCCCUUCGUCUUCUGGAAAACGCAAUUCAUUCCAUCCGCACCCGCUCAGCAUAACGCGCCUCACUCUUCGGAGGAGAGCAGCCCCUGAAUCGGAUCGCAUUCUCAAAGAUGCAUUUCUAUCUUUAUUUUUCUUAUUCUUGUCCCAUUUUUACCCUCCUCCCAAAGCAAAAACCAGAUCUCUAUCUCUGAUGGAUGACCGCCCUGCAAUCUCCACCGUCGAAUCCAACAACAACAACAACAGCAACAACAGCAACAACAACAACAACAACAACAACAACAACAACAAAAAUGACAUGGACAACGGCGACAACGACGACGAUGAUGGAGAAUGCCUGGCCGUCCUCAUGGCGGCCCACCCCCCACGACGCAACAAGCCCCACCACUCCUACAGCCAGCAGCUGGCCCCCACCACAUCCCGCCACGAGAUUAUGGUCAAGCGCAACACCGUCCGCAAGCACAGCCUCGACGAUUCUCGCAUCUCCCGCAACCUCGUCUCUGAACCCCUUUACGAUUCCUCAUCCGACGACGACCGCAGCCAUGUCGCCUCCAUCGCCGACGGCCCUGAAUUCAUGAGCCAGUUCCUCGACCAGAGCAUGUCCGACGGGUCAGAAGAUGAGGGGAGCACCACCUUGCAGCGGAUCCUGCCUGAAUACAUUGGUGCUGGCGGUGGCAGCGGGAUCUUCAAGGUCCCCGUGCGUGCUGCAAUGCACCCGGCCCGCCCACCCGCGCUGGAGCUGCGGCCCCAUCCACUGCGGGAGACGCAGGUGGGGGCUUUCCUGAGGAUGAUCGUCUGCACGGACCAGCAGAUCUGGGCGGGAAUGGAGUCGGGGUUGAGGUUCUGGUGCUACUCGGAAAUUUAUAAGAAGUUUGGCGGGCGGGCUGGGUUGAAAGGGGACGAGGAGACUGCACCAUUCCACGAGUCGGUGCAUACGUCACCGACACUGUGCUUGAUUUCCGAUCUGAGGAAUAGGUUGGUUUGGAGUGGGCACAGAGACGGAAAGAUACGGUCAUGGAAGAUGGAGCAGAAUUUGGACGGUAGCCAUUUCAGGGAAGGGCUAGCAUGGCACGCGCACCGUGGCCCAGUUCUGUCUCUCACAAUCUCAUCCUAUGGUGAUCUGUGGUCAGGUUCUGAAAAUGCUAUUAUUAGGGUCUGGCCUUGGGAAUCUGUGGAGAAGUUUCUCUCUCUGGUGACAGAAGAAAGACAUAUGGCUGCUUUAUUGGUGGAGAGAUCAUACAUUGACCUCAAGAGCCAGGUCACUGUGGGUGGUGUGUGUUCCAUACCUCCUAUAGAUAUAAAAUAUUUGUUAUCUGAUAAUUGUAGAGGAAAGGUGUGGAGUGGUGGCCACCUUUACUUUGCACUGUGGGAUGCUCGUACAAAGGAACUUUUGAAAGUAUUUGGCUCAGAUGGCCAGAUUGAGAAUCGUGUUGAAGCCUCAUCAGUGCAGGAUCCAUCAGCUGAGGAAGAGGUGAAGGUAAAGCCUGUUUCCACAUCAAAGAAAGAGAAGCCUCAAAGUUCCAUGAGUUUCUUUCAACGUUCACGUCAUGCUCUAAUGGGAGCAGCUGAUGCUGUCCGUCGAGUAGCAGCCAAGGGAAAUUUUGUUGAAGAUAAGUUGAGAACCGAAGCACUGAUCAUGUCAGCAGAUGGUACGAUCUGGACUGGAUGUGCAAAUGGAGCAAUCAUUCAAUGGGACGGAAACGGCACUCGGCAACAGGAGUUCCAUCAUCAUUCAUUUUCAGUGCAAUGUUUUUGUACUUUCGGGGCAAGAUUAUGGGUAGGCUAUGUAAAUGGCACCAUCCAAAUAUUGGAUCUUGAGGGCAAUCUUAUUGCAGCAUGGGUUGCUCACGGCAGUCCAGUUAUAAAGAUGGCAGUUGGGGCUGGCUAUAUUUUUACAUUGGCUAAUCAUGGUGGCAUCCGUGGAUGGAGUCUGACUGCUCCAGGGCCUAUCGACAACAUUUUGCGAUCGGAUUUGUCCAGUAAAGAUCUGCUAUAUGCAAAACAUGAGAAUUUGAAAAUAUUAGUAGGCACUUGGAAUGUUGGACAAGAAAGAGCCUUACCUGACUCACUUAGAUCAUGGCUGGGUACUGAAGCAUCAGAGGUUGGGGUCAUUGUUGCUGGGUUGCAGGAAGUGGAGAUGGGUGCUGGUUUUCUUGCAAUGGCAGCUGCAAAAGAAACUGUAGGACUUGAGGGGAGUGCUAAUGGACAAUGGUGGUUGGAUGCUAUCGGGAAGGCCCUCGAGGAAGGAACAGCGUUUGAACGUGUAGGAUCUAGGCAGUUGGCUGGUUUGCUUAUAUCUGCAUGGGCCAGAAAGAAUCUUCGACCAUUUAUUGGGGAUGUUGAUGCUGCAGCAGUACCAUGCGGGUUCGGGCGUGCAAUUGGUAACAAGGGUGCAGUAGGUUUGAAGUUGAGAGUCUAUGAUCGGCGGAUAUGCUUUGUAAAUUGUCAUUUUGCUGCACAUCUAGAAGCGGUCAACCGCCGGAACGCUGACUUUGAUCAUGUUUAUAGAACAUUGGUCUUCAGCCGUCCAUCUGUUGGACUCAUUCCUGCAGCUGCUGGUGGUUCAUCUGCUGUUCAGUUGCUUCGUGGUGCAAAUUUUCAGGCUGUCGGGAUCCACUCAGAAGAUGGAAGGCCCGAGUUAGCCGAAGCAGACAUGGUCGUAUUUCUUGGUGAUUUCAAUUAUCGGCUUCAUGGCAUUUCUUAUGAUGAAGCAAGGGACUUUGUGUCUCAAAGAUCCUUUGACUGGCUUAGAGAACGGGAUCAACUCAGAGCAGAAAUGAAAGCUGGAAAAGUCUUUCAAGGGCUGCGUGAAGGGCUCAUAAAGUUUCCUCCGACAUACAAGUUUGAAAGACAUCAAGUGGGUUUGGGAGGUUAUGAUUCCAGUGAGAAGAAGCGCAUUCCUGCCUGGUGUGACAGAAUAUUAUAUCGUGACAACCGUUCUACUUCAGCGUUGUGUGAGUGCACAUUAGAAUGCCCAGUAGUUUCCUCAAUUUUACAGUAUGAGGCUUGCAUGGAUGUGACAGACAGUGAUCACAAGCCUGUUAGGUGCAUAUUCAAUAUUGACAUUGCGCAUGUAGAUGAAGCAAUAAGGAGGCAAGAGUUCGGCAAAGUAGUCUCAUCAGAUGAGGGAAUCAGGGCGUUGUUUGAAGAAAUAUGUACUGUUCCAGAAACUUCGGUUAGCACGGAUGAAAUAAUCCUUCAAAACCAGGAUAAUUUCAUUCUCCAAAUUACCAAUAAAUGUGGAAAGGAGAAAGCUAUCUAUGAAAUCACUUGUGAAGGUCAAUCCACCAUUCAGGAAGACGGGCUUGCCUCCGAGCAGUGUAAUUCAAGAGGCCUUGGUUUUCCCCACUGGCUGGAGGUCACUCCAGCAACUGGUGUAAUCAAGCCCAACCAAACUGCAGAGGUAUCUGUGCACCACACAGAGUUCAAAACCCUAGAAGACAUUAUCGACGGACAAAGUUGGUUGUCUGAAGAUAGCAAAGAAAAGGAAGUUUUAUUGAUGGUGAAAGUUACAGGAAAUUUCUCGACUGAGGUUAAGAGUCAUCUAGUCCAAGUGCAUCACAUUUUAUCAUCCAAGACUGUGCGCGGUGACUCAAAAACUGGGUCUAAAAGAUUCCAAUUGAGCCUUCAGUAUAGGUCCGAAUCCCGAAACCAUGGAAGCUCGUCAGAUGUGGCCGAUGAUUCACGAAACCUGCUUAGUCCAUGAAGGGGAAAGGAGCUCAUGAAGAUAAGCAAUCCAUGCUUCACUCAGGAAAAAAAAAGAGGCAAAUGUGGGAGAAUCGCAUGCCAAAGCAUCCAUCUCAUCAGACCACAUCAUUCGUGCAUCUCCCCCCUGUAAAUAUCCCUUCCCAUCAAACUGCAUAAUCCGCAGGCCGAAUUUUUUGUCAGUUCAUUCUUUUCUUCUUUAGCCUGAUUCUUUUAACCAUGUUUUGAGUCGAUACCUUGUAGGGCGGGCUGUUUGUGAGAAUUUAUAACAAAUACAGCGACUAGAGGCGGCGUUUUACUUGUUUUGCCCCCAUGUGAUGCUGAAUUUUAACUGUGAGAAUUGUGGUCUGUUGGAUAGUUGGUUUAUUCUUGAAGUGAUUGAUUAGCAUGUCUGAAUAACACGCUCAAA